AUGGAGCUGGUCGAGUUCAAAUUGGGCAGCAGCAGCAGCGGCAACAGCUUAUCAUCGUCGUCUUCUGCACCCGAGCCAAAGCGGUCUUGCCUUAAGAACAAAUCGACCGAUCCCAAUCACAAAUACCUCGGCAGUGAUUCACCUGGCUACUUUCACAAAGGCUCCUGGCUCGAAGAAAUCGGCUUCGUAAAGAAGUACUUUCGCAAACACCACCACAGAGCACAGAUGGCAGCAUACAUGGACCGGGUGCGUGCAGAGAACGCCAAUGCAGAGCUUGCCAAGAGCAAUGGCAAAAACACGGACGUCCCCAUGGGCGACUACACCAUCACCAAACCCACCGUACAUUUCUCAGAGCCCAUGGAAAUGACAUACUACUGCUACGAACCCGAGGAGGCCAUGGCCGAGUACCCUGGCUAUAUGACGUCCAACAGGCGCGCGUGGGCCGAGGUCUCGUUUGAGCCGGGCAACCAAGUCAAGUCGGAUGGGUUCCGGAUGUGGCAUCGUUGUCGUAAGCGGAGAAAUGGCAUGUUCUAUUACGGUUAG